CCACAAACAUAUGCAUUUCCAUUGCAUAUCGUAUAAAUACAGCGUUCUGCAGUCAUUUAACAAUUAUCAUAUUGUGAUUUUAAAUAAAGUGUCAAUGUCUUUGGCGUCAAAAGUAGUUCUUACUUUAAGUUGUACUGGAACAAUUGGAAUUAUUGCUUACGUACAUUAUAAACAACAAUACGAGCAAGAACAACUUCACGUGGGUGUUAUUCGAGAUCAGGAAAAUCAAGAGCGUAGAAAAAGAGAAAAUAUUUAUUUAUUAGAAAAACAAGCUAGUCUCACUGAAGAAUUACGAAGAGCCGAAGGAGAAAAAAUAAGUAGUUAACUGAUUUGAAAU